AUGAACACAUUCUCCAGUGCCAAACUAUUAGAAAGCUCACACGGUUGGCUCGGUGCUUCCACAUCAACAUUAGCCGAAAGAUGUUUAGGAUACAAUCCCGAUAUAGUUAAUAUCGUCGGAGAAAAAACGUGGAUGAAAGCACUUCAGGAAUCUAAAAGUCUGAAUUCUAAAUGGACGCAAGAUGAUUUAGUGACGGCCAUCGAACUCGUCCGCGGCGGGACACCCAUCAAACCCGCCGCCGAGCGGUGUGCCAUACCCGUUAUGACCCUUUGGAGAAGGACGAAAGCUUUGGGAAUGGUCAGCAAUGUGCCAGGGUGUUUUAUGCGUCUUCGAACUCCUAAUUGGACACAAGGUCAACUCAAAGAAGCGAUUCAAGCUGUCGUGACGCAAAGAAUGCGAUUCACGCAAGCAUCGUCUCGGUACGGGAUACCCAAAGGAACUCUUUAUGACAAUAUAUUAGGGAAAACGAAAAGAAUGCUUGUUUUGGAUGCUGCGGGUCUCACGCCGACGGAAGAAAACGCGGUUUUGGAUUUCUGUUGUCAGAUAUCCGUGUCUCCGUAUAACAGGAGAACUCAGAAACCCCUUUCCUCCAUAUUGAAUUUUGUUGAAUGCAUACGUCGUAAAAGGGAUCCCAAUUUUAAAUUCACUCGGAUAUCCGGAUUCAGGUGGUGGUGGGCUUUUUGUAAAAAACACAGCAUCGUGUCGUUAUAUUUCGAAACGAGACCCGACGAAUGA